ACUAGGUGUGGCUGGUUAGUGAAUCAUUGUCAGAGAUGGCGACAACAACCAUGGAGCUUCGUCUUCAUCAAGCUUGAUGAGAGCUGUGGUCUGAAGUUCUGGAUAUGGCUGAAGUCUUGACUACGUAUGGCUGGUUGGUUGAUCUUUGUCAGAGCUGGUGACGACAACCAUGGAGGCGUCGUCUUCAACCUUGAGGAGGGCUGUGAUGCUCUCUUCGGAAACACUGGCUAUGGCGGUGAACGGUCAUGCUGCAUCGAUGUUGACGACAACUCAAAAAGGGUCAGCGUUAAGGAUAUCGUCUCUUUCCGCCAGAUCUGUAGCAGGAGGAAGGAUUCCUGACCACGAAUGUUAUCAUGACAGCCCAAUAAUGUUGACGUCAUCUCCAUUUCUGCAAUCAGCAUCGAUGUCCUCGUCCUCUCACUCCCAAUCUCUGUUCGGCCACGUGUCCUCCCCCUCCUCCUCCUCCUCCUCCUCCUCCUCCCCCCCCUCCUCAGCAGGAGAGAGGGAUGCACCUUUCCGCAAUACUAGUACUAUUCAUCUGUUGCCAAGACGGACACGUGAUUGCAGCUUGACAAGGAGCUGCUGGUCUCGUGAUAGGUUAGCAGCAGGAUUACGACGAUCGGGAUCUGCUGUCCACGUGGCAGGUCCGCAGGUAUCGCUACUGCUGCUGCGAUCCCGUAGCUAUGCCUCCUCCUCCUCCUCCUCCUUUUUCUCCUCCUGCUGCUUUGCCGCGUGCAAGGGUGCAUCUUGGUGGCGCAUGCCUCGCCCCUCUCGGUCUCUCGCAGUGCUGCCACGGGGACAACGGUCCCGAUCCGGACGGUCUGGGCAAAGGCCCUGCCGCAACCACGUGUCUCUUCCUGCACACCUAGCCGUCCAUGAUGAUGACCGAGAGGGGGGAGGCAUGUCUCCUCCUCCACACGUCGAUGAAGAUGGCCACCUGUUUCUUCUUCCGAUGUCAUCAUCGGACGCUGUAUCUGAUGCGAGGUGGCCGUUGGAUGGCGAUGGCGGAGUGGUCGGGUUGACGUCAACGCCAGUCGGGCGGGGGUUCAGCAGCUGUAAACUGCUGAAGAAGGAGGAGAUCGCGAUCCCGACGCAAGUGGAGGUUCUUGACAGAAGACGAGGCGGCGAAGGGAGAAAGGAGGAGGGGAUUCCAGCAGCAGCAGCAGCAGCAGCAGGAGGAGGAGGAGGAGGAGGAGGAGGGUAUUUCGCCGCGAGAGCUGUACUGCAGGUGGAGAACGGAGGACUCUGUCGCAGCCGGGAUCGGCAUAGCGAUCGGGAUCGAGAUCGCGCGAUUUUUUUUCAACGGGGAAGGAAAUGCGUCAAGCGCGGAGGCAAGUUGUUCCCUCGCCAGGUUGGCGCCGUGGAUUUCGUGAAAGAUGAGGGGGAUGAUGCCGCCGACAGCAGCAGCGCGGCCGACGAUGGAGGCGCCAUAGACAAGGAGACUUUCGUCUUCGCCAACAUGCCUCAUCCGCCGCAGUGGAUCGAGAACUGGAAGCCGCCGUCGUAUUUGUGGAGGGCCUUAGCCGCAUUCGUUGUCGCCGGUCAAGUAUUCGUGCGAAUUUUGCGAGGGCGCGUGCACGUAAAGAACACCCUUAUACAGCUGGAAGAAGUUGGGCCUAAGUCAGUUGGUGUCAGUCUGCUGACGGCUUCGUUUGUCGGUAUGGUGUUCACCAUUCAGUUUAUUCGAGAGUUUGCGAGACUUGGUUUGACGAGAUCGGUCGGUGGAGUUCUGGCACUGGCGCUGGCGAGGGAACUAUCCCCAGUGGUGACAGCUAUCAUCCUCGCUGGUCGAGUUGGCAGUGCAUUUGCUGCAGAACUGGGCACCAUGCAGGUCUCCGAACAAACAGAUACACUCAGAGUCCUCCGCACAGAUCCAGUAGAUUACCUCGUGACGCCACGUGUCAUCGCGUGCUGCAUUGCUCUGCCGGUCCUGACGCUUAUGUGCUUUAGUGUGGCUAUGGGAGCCAGCGUCUUUCUUGCGGAGGGUGUGUACAAUGUCAGCGCCAACAUCAUUCUCGAUUCUGCGGCACGGGGCCUUCAACCGUGGGACAUCAUCAGUACCUUGAUAAAAUGCGUCGUAUUUGGUGCAAUUAUUGCCGUUGUGAGUUGUACAUGGGGAGCAACGACAACAGGUGGUGCAAAAGGCGUCGGUGAAUCCACUACUUCUGCCGUCGUGAUUUCUCUUGUCUGUAUUUUCAUCGCCGAUUUUGUUUUGUCCUGGUGCUUCUUCCAGGGAAGUGGAGAUGCUCUCAAAGCUGCCUUGGGAUAGCUGAGGGAGGCUAGUGACGUACUCUGCCGGUUAGUGCAAAAGUUGUUGUUAAGCUGUCCCCUUCGCGGAAACGGUGCAGAGGAUGACUGUUGAUGUUUACCAAUAAACACACAACAAGCCUUCAUUGUGGCGUCGUCUGUGGGGCGUUCGCUGAUAUGCAGCUUGGUCAGUAUUUUGGAGUUUCCAGGUGAGGCUACGUUGGCUUUCUUCUUUUUUCAUGUGUAAAUCCUCCCCCAGUUUCAUAUUGUAGUUGGGUGGCGACAGCUGGGCUUGUAAAGCAGCAGCUUUCCUUUUUCCUUUGCUGGGUCACGAGGUGUACCACUAUU